AUGUCUUCUGAAAAUGUCCCUGUACGUUUCAAGUGGAUUAAAAAAUCAAAAACCAGACUGACCACAAUUAGCACAAGCCCACACACAGCUAUUAUUGAUGCGCUGAAGACAUCUGAUACAUUUAGAAAGUAUCACAAGAAAGAAGCACAUUCUCUAAUUAUACAUGGUAACAAAAUUCGUGCACAGAUCAACCCAUUGGCUCCUUGUGGAGCUCUAAGGAAAGAUGAAGAACUUGAACUAAGGGAUAGCAAGUCUUCUAAGCAGAAAGCACUGGAGACGACAUCUUACCCAAGCUGUAUUGGAGGUGUUUUCAUUAAAGUGAACAAGAAAGGGAGGACCCUAGGUGGACAAUCCAAGAUCAUAUUACAUAAUAAGGAAUCAAGUAAAGAUGGAAUACCACUCGCUGUCUUCGGAUACAAAAAGGAAACUGUUGAGAAAGCACUCCUCAAUGAUAAGAGGUUUGAUGUGUUUGGCUCAUUUAAACUUGAAGGGACAAAGGGGGAAACAUACGACAGCCAUGUGCAAUUGGCCCAGCUGCCAGAUGACAUGUACACUGUUAUAGUACCUCAGACAAACAGGGAUAACAGUUCAAAUCCACAAGAGCCUAAUAAGUCCUCGAAUCCACCAAAUAAUGACCUCAAUCAGUUUGUCCCCACUGAAGCUAUGAAGAAAACAGCUGAGACUCUUAGUGAAAAUUUUAGGGCGUAUGUCAAGUACCAUGGGGGCCUUAGAAAAGCCUGGCGUUUCAUGAAAAAGAUGUACUGUAACAAUAUGAAGGAAAGCCGCUUAUCCACACACACCCAUAGAAUGCUUGUACAACGUGCAGAUAGUGUAGGUUGCAUUGUGAGUACACAGAGUGGUAACAGAGAAGCCCUUGGCACUGGCUUCCUUUUGAAUGGGUGUGUGGGUCUCACCUGUCACCAUGUAGUUGAGAAUUUAUUGAAUACAAAUGAUCUAGCGAUAAUAUUUAAAUAUGAUAGGGAGGGACAAUCUUUACAAGAAAUCCAGUUUGUUCUCCAAAUUGAAAUUAUUUUUCAUAAUAAAGAUGCUGAUUUUGCCUUUUUUCGAAUACCUCCGCAUCUCAACUGGCCAGGGGGUUUGUUAAAACAUGUAGUUAUCCCCCCAGUUAAUGGUCGUGUGAGUAUCAUUGGACAUCCUUGUGGUCAGUACCAACAGAUUGAUCCAGAAUGUUCAGUGAUCAACCUCUAUGAUCGCGUUGAUGAGAUUAAAGAUAAAAUUGCGAACGACCCAGCAUUCCUCAAUAUUUUAUCACAGUACAAUUUUUUGGAGAUGGCUAACCCACGAUUAUUGACCUACAAUACAUGCUUUUAUUUUGGGUCUUCUGGUUCCCCAGUUUUCAAUGACAGUGGAGAGCUUGUGGCGAUGCACCAGGGAGGGUAUGCAGUUAAGAAUCUGCGUAAAACAGAAAGUCCAAUAGAGUUUGGCAGGAACAUUGUUGAUAUUGUAAUUUGUGGAGCUUUGGAAAUAGAAGAUUUACGUCUACAGUUUAAGAAUGUUGUUGAACAAAAUGAAUCACUUCGUGAAUAUAUUAAAUCUGGUCAGCAUCCAACUCGUAUGCAGCCCAUUAUCAGACAACUUUUACAACUGUGGGAAAUCAAUGACAGCGGUGUUGGUGGCGAUUCGGAUAUGGAAAUGUCAUAA